AUGGACGUAGACGGUGGAAGACGAAUCUUCAACAGGCUUGGGCCGUCUUCUUCGACUGAUAACAGCAAUAAUCACCAUAAUAAUAAGCAACAGAAGGUGUGUUUUCAUUGGAGACAAGGAAAGUGCACGAGAUUUCCCUGCCCAUUUCUGCACAGCGAACUGCCAACGGCGGCUAAUGGUAAGAGGGCCCAUCAGGGGUUUGGACAGGAAGAUAAUUAUCGUGGAGGUGGAGGUGGAGGUGGAGGAUUGAGGAGGAGUGGGAACUAUAAUUUUAGUAAUAACAACAGCUGGGGGAGGGUGCAGUCGCAGCAGCCUGUUAGUAGGUCCGUUGUGAAGAAGAUUGAGAAAUUGUGUAAUCACUGGGUACAAGGGAGCUGUAAAUUCGGAGAUGCGUGUAAGUACUUGCAUCAAUGGUCUACAGGGGAUUGCUUUUCGAUGUUGACGAUGCUUGAAGGGCACCGACAGGUUGUGACUGGGAUUGCUCUGCCUUUGGGUUCUGAUAAGCUUUACACCGGUAGUCAAGACGAGACUGUCAAAGUUUGGGACUGUCAAUCUGGUCAGCUUUCAGCCUCAGUGAAUGUGGGAGGUUCAGUAGGCUGUAUGCUAAGUGAAGGACCAUGGGUAUUCGUGGGUUUGACAAAUCUUGUCAAGGCAUGGAAUAUUCAAACAUCUACAGAUCUCAGUUUAAAUGGACCUGUUGGACAAGUAUAUUCCCUUGUUGUUGGCAAUGAUAUGCUCUUUGCUGGUACACAGGAUGGGACAAUAUUGGCAUGGAAAUUCAAUGUAGCUGCUAAUUGCUUUGAACCAGCUGCAUCACUCAAGGGCCAUACUCUUGCUGUUGUUACACUAGUGGUCGGAGGUAACAGAGUGUACUCUGGUUCGAUGGACCACUCUAUUAGAGUAUGGAGCCUGGAAACCUUGCAGUGUAUUCAAACUUUAUCUGGGCAUACAGAUGUUGUGAUGUCUGUUUUGUGUUGGGAUCAAUUCCUUAUAACGGCUUCAUUGGAUAAAACUAUUAAGGUUUGGGCUGCAACCGAGGCUGGUAACUUGGAAGUCACAUAUACCCACAGUGAGGAACAUGGCGUGCUCACUCUGUGUGGGAUGCACGAUUCAGAAGUCAAACCUGUUUUGUUUUGUUCGUGCAAUGACAAUACAAUACGAGUCUAUGAUUUGCCAUCAUUUUCUGAGAGGGGGAAAAUCUUGUCAAAGAAAGAGAUUCGGUCCGUACAGGCAGGUCCUGGUGGUUUAUUUUUCACAGGCGAUGGGUUGGGUCUUGUCAGAGUAUGGAAGUGGUCGGCAGAACAAACCACCGCAUGA